AUGACAUCCCUUGUCCUCAUCACCGGCGCCACAGGCCUAAUUGGCUUCCGAGUGCUCCUAGAAACCCUCCGCAAAGGGUACACAGUGCGGGUCGCAGCACGCUCAGAGGAAAAAGCCCAAAAGGUCCUCUCUCGCCCCGCCAUUCAAGGACUCAACGCAGGAGACCGGCUCAGCUAUGUCCUUAUCCCCGACAUCAGCGCCGAGAACGCCUACGACGAAGCCCUAAAGGGCGUGUCCUACGUGCUACACGUCGGCUCCCCGGUCCCAGUUCCGGGCUAUGACCCUCUCACGCAGAUCUACAAUCCCACAGUCCAGAGUAUCCCAAGUCUACUAAACUCAGCCCUCAAAACACCGACCCUGAAGCGGCUGGUAAUCACCUCCUCCAUCCUCGCCAACCUUCCGCCGAGUCCCGAUCCAGCCGUGACAUCCACCGGAGCGACGCGCAUCCCCAUCACCAACCCGCCAGAGAACAUGUCAGGCCCUUUCGAGGCUUACGCCUUGGGCAAGAUAAUCUCGCUCAAUGCAACAGAUGAAUUCGUCGCGAAAGAAAACCCACACUUCAGUAUUGCACAUGUCUUCCCGGGGUACGUCUUCGGCCGCAACGAUCUCCUCGACGGCGAGGGCAAUGAGCUCCUCUUCCAAAACAGCUCGAACGGGUACCUCCUCGCCAGCAUUCUGGGUAAGGAUAUCGGCAUGCCGAUUCACGGGGGGUAUGUGCAUAUUGACGACGUCGCGGACGUACAUCUUCGUGUUCUCGAGCUGGCUCCCACUCCUGACUCUGCGUCUGGAAUUCCGGAUUCGUUUGGUGCAUGCACGACGCUUGAGGAGUUUAAUACCUUUGAUAUUGUCGAGAAAGUUUUCCCCAGGGCAGUUGCUAAUGGGACGUUCUCGCGGGGCGUGCUAGCUAAACUACCCAUUUCGUAUGAUUCAAGCGAGACGGAGAAGGUGCUUGGGAUAAAGUUUCGGUCGUUUGAGAGUGCGGUUGCGGAUACUGCUGCGCAAUAUUUGGAGAGUCAGGGAUUGGAGGUGGCGUAA